GCAAGAAUAGAAUCUGUUAGGACGAGUCUGGUGGCAGAGAAAGAGUUUGCUGUGGCAGCUUUAAAUGAACAGAUCAUCAGACAGCAGGAGGCUGCAGUUGCAGAACUCAAGCAAGAAAUGAAGCAUCAUGAAGAAAAUCUGGCUGAGGUCCUUGAGGACAAGCAGUUAGACCAUGCUCACAAACUAACACAGCUGAAGAUGAACUUCGACAUGGAACGGGAAUCUUUGGUAGCAGAGAUCAACAAACUCACCAACUGGGAGAAGAGUCACACCGAGUCACAGACAGAGCACCAUCUUCUCGCUGACUUGCUGACUAACUCAGAUACCCAGACAGAGAUUGUGCACGUCACGGAGGUUAUGGCCCAUUCAGAAACUCAGACCGGCAUGGAGUUGCUAGCCGAUGUGAUCUCUCUCACCAGCAGUGCAAGCUAUGGCAGUGAGGAG